AUGCCUAGUUGUUUUAUUUAUGGCAGAACAAGGAAUAAAAGUUCAACAAUUGAAGAUAUUACUUUUCAUAAGUUUCCUGUUAAUGAAAAAGUUAGAGACAAAUGGAAGAAUUUCGCUUUGGAAAAUAAAUUAAAUAUACAAAGUAUAAAUAAAUACUCUGUGAUUUGUUCAAAACAUUUUCUUCAGACAUGUUUUGUGUUGCGGAAUAGUAAAAGGUUCUUAGUUGAAAAUGCAGUACCAUCAAAAAUAAUUUUAAGGAUCAAAAGUGCUAAAAAUUUGUAUUCCGAAGAAGAGAAACUACUAAAUCAGCCAAUUGUGUGUUCUGAUAAUGAAUCUAAAAGUAGUUUUAAAGUAACACAGACCCUGAUCAAAGUACCUGAUUUUGUUAUUUGUAAUGGAGAAUCAGUAUCAGAUUCAACAAAUCUACCUUCUUAAAUACAAACACUUCUGUUAGCGCCAAGGAACAUGAAGAUCAAGUAAUUGGUUUUAUUCUUUAAUUAACAAUGUUUAAUAAUAAUAUAAAUUCAAUUUAAUUUAUAGAUUCCUAUUACUGUUAAUGAAAAUGAAAUAUCCACUAAAGGCGUGUCUGUUACCAUUAAUGUUGAUGAUAUUAAUGAAUGUGGAGUGAUGCCAUUAACACCUGAGAAUUCAAAUUUCGUAAAUAUAUCUGAACAUGAUAAAUCGUGCACUUUACCGGUAUUUUAGAAAAAUUUAAUUUCAUCAUUUGUGGCUGCUUCUGAGAUUGAUUCUUGCGAUACUCCCAGACGGCUAUUUUUAAAACGUGGUGUUCGUCAGUUGUCAGAUGAAGUAAAACUGAAGAACAAAAAAUUGAAGUUACUCCAACAAAACAGCAAGACGUCAGAGUAAGAAAAUUGCUUCCUUGAAGUCUAUAAUUCAUAAUCUUCAGAAGAAAAAUCUUAUCAAUGCCGAGGAUACCAACACAUUAUUGGAUUCUUUUGGUAAGCAUAGUGAUUUGAUUACCAAUUGGGCAAAAAAAAAUGCUGGGAAACAACUUCCUAGAAAAUAUA